GUGGGCAGCCCUGUCUUGUCCCUCUAUGCAGAUUAAACCUUGGUGAGAUCUGGUUGUUUGUUCUGACUGCAGCGUUUGCUGAGUUGUAUAAUAUUUGGAUCCAGGCUAUGAAUGUUUCCCCAAUGCCGAAUUUGUGCAGAGUGGCUAAAAGAAACUUCCAGUUUACUCUAUCGAAAGCUUUUUCUGCAUCUAAGGAGACGAUGGCUGACUCUAGUUUAUGGAUGGUGACAUAAUCAAUUAAAUUAAUUAGUCUGUUCAUAUUGUUUGUUGACUGUCUACCUUUAAUGAAGCCUGUUUGAUCAGGGUGAAUUAUAUAUGGAGUGAUUUCUUCUAAUCUUCUAGCAAGUGCUUUACACACUAUUUUUAGAUCUACAUUUAUUAGUGAAAUUGGUCUAUAACUCGAUGGGAGUGUAGGGUCUUUUCCUGGUUUUUGGAGCAGGCUUAUAAAGGCAGAAUUCAUAUUUGUGGGUAAUGAAUGUUGUUGUUUAAUUUCAGCUACCAUUUUGUAAAAGCUGGGUGCUAGCAUAGACCAGAACUCUUUAUAAAAUUCAGUUGGGAAUCCAUCUGGUCCUGGAGCUUUUUUAUUGGGCAUCUCCUGCAGAGCUUCAUGUAGUUCUGCCAAAGAUAACAAUAAGUCUAGAGUUGUGGAUUGUUCUUCCUUUAGCUUUGGCAGUUCUAGUUUAUUCAGAAACGCCUCUAUUGCUGAGGUGGAUGGAUCUAUUUGGGACGUAUAUAACUCUUGGUAAAAGUUUUUAAAGGAGACUGAUCAUACAGCUUUUCACUCUAAAGAAUAUUGGACUUCAAUAUCUCAGCAAGGUCUCUGUAAAUUUUCAUCCCAUAAAACCCUGUAGAUCGUCCACACUGCCCCUGUCAGUAUGUGGUUCUCACUCCCCAUCAGCAAACGCUGUGUUUUCUGGGCGUGUCGCAAAAGAAGCUGCUCGCCACACCUCUGUGCGGAAUCGCAUACCUUUUUUUUUUUUUUUUUCUUGGCUUUAUUGGUACGAGCCACCGCAGGGUUAGGAUACGAUAGGUGGCAGUAGCGCGACAUUGAGGGUGCAAUCCACCGCGAUUCUCCACAGAAGAAGAAGACCCACUACAGGACUCACGGCAUGCACGGUAAUUGAAUACAUUCUAACAGACAAUGGCUAGCUGGUCCGGUAGUAUAGUACGGCCAUACAUCUAUGAUCCCGAAUCUGACCCUGACGCUCAAGAGGAGGCUGUUGAAGUCACCACAUUUCGGAUGAUACAAGAUGUGUCACAAUGGUACCAAUGUGGAAAGUGCCAGUCUAUGCCUACAGAGGCUGAAAACUGUUGCUGUCAAGAGAUUGCACAGGUUCAGAGACGUCUGAAUCAGUUGCCAAACCCACCAUCAUGUAUGGUUGACCAUCCAGGACUGGAGCCAGUAUGCCUGAAUGUUUAUUCUUUACAGAAAGAAUUUCAUAUUUAUCGGGCAGAUUAUGGACGGUUGCCUGUGCGUGGAAUAAACCAACGUUACAGGUUUCUGUCAUACAGAAGUUUUGUGAGUUGGUGCUGGGGAUUUCUGGGACGAAGAGUCAGAGUAGUCAUCCCCUCAUGCGUGGUGUUGCGCAUCAGAGCAGAGUUCCCUGAUGGACAAGGGAACUAUGUUGGAUUCAGACCACCAGUGGAAUAACUUCUGAACUAACUUUUUCAUAAGGGACAAAGCUUUUUUUUCUUUCCAAGAAUUUUAUUUUUACUAUUUAUUCCCUUUAUGGUUAUCCUGUGAUGCUUGGUUCACAUGCAGAAUGUGCAGUUUAAAUACUAUAUUUUCAUCAAUAAAAGUUAUUAAGCUGUAUGUCUAUAUGAGUUCAUUGAAGUCAGUCCAAUCUUAGUCCAAGCUAAUUUUUAUUGUUAAUCAAACAUUAUUUUGAC